AUGUCCAAUUGUGCCCGAGUCGGGCCCACACGGGCGUCCAGCCUUCCCUUUAUCAUCCCCGGCAAGCAUUUACAGUCAAUAAGCGGCCUAAUUAAUUCCCUUCAAAGACCUCUCAAUUACUCAUCCGGCUACAGAGAACAAUUAGAGCUGCAGCAGCUAGCAGCUCACAGUGGAAGUGAGGCCAGCCAGAGCCGCAGAUGGACCCCCCUGGGCCUGCAGCCUCAGUGUCCCCAAGGGGCCCCUUCCCUAACAGAGGCCCGGCCACGGGUCCCUGGGGCCCAAAGAGGUGGUGCCGUUCAAGGAGCACCAUCUUCCUCCUCAGAUGGCAAUAUCUCCCCAGGGCCUGCCCGAGACUCGGCCUCCCGCCCCCAUCUUAGAGCCCUACACCCCAGCUGCGAAUCGAUGCACCAAUUACCAGGCCCGCAGGCCCCGCGCCGGGAGCCGCAGGGAAUCUCCCGCCUGGAAGAGUUCUCUCGGAGAGCACUACUCACAGGCUGCAGGAAUGGGGAGAGGAUGCUCAAUUUCAGGGAAGAAUCCUGUCCUGAACCCCACACACCGGUCCCGGAGGCCAGCGGUACCCUGGCAGGAGCUCGCCCCACUCGGAUCCCAGCGAUGGAAACUUGGGCUAAAUCACCAAUUGCCUGUUCUUUCCACCCGACACAUCACAAACGAAAGCCCCCAUGAUGGGUGUGAGCAGGGACAGGUGUCCCCAGGGGCAGCUCCCAGUCCACCCUGCCCUGCUAGCGCUCACUCAGGUGGGUUUAUGAGUAGCUAGUGGGAGAGAUGUUGUCCCGCUUCCUUUCCUGGAGGGUGGGGGUACACUGGACCUCCCACCCAGACCCACGCGAUGCCCUGGCUUGCAGCUGAUGCAGCCGCAGACUCCUGAGGCCUUGCUGGCUGUGGGUGCACAGACCCGAGAUCUGGCUAAGGGUGGGCUGGUGGAGCACUUCGAAGAGGACCCUGUGUGAGAAGGCUGCCCUCUGCAGCCUCAGCAACCCUGCAAGUUCAGGGCAGGUUCAGGGCAAAGUCACUUCAGGAAUCUCCUAUGGGGCUGCGAAAGCUGGGACCUGGUAGGGAGGAGCGAACCACACCCUCCUCUGUGUUCAAUUUAGUCCCUGGGACAGCGGAUCAUAAACGGAAUGACAAGGUACCAACCCCGGCAUGUCACGUGUCUGAGCCUCAUCUGCAAAAUAAACACAGUAAGACCACUCCGUCUUACUAGUGAGCAAGCACUAGUGAGCAGGUGGUGUUGGAACGCCAGGGUCUCCCAUCCCACCUCGCAUUGGUUUGUUUGGACAAAAACCUUGUUUGAGACAAACCGUAGCCCCUGGCUAGUUCGGAAUUCCCUGUACGAACCAGGUUUGCCUGAAACUCACCCUCAGAGAGAAUGACUUCUCAGACGCUGGGAUUUCAGGUGCGCACCCCCACACACCACCGUACAGCUCGUAGGCUGGCCUUUUUAAGACUCAUUUAUUUUGGGCUGGAGAGAUGGCUCAGCGGUUAAGAGCACUGACUGCUCUUCCAGAGGUCCUGAGUUCAAAUCCCAGCAACCACAUGGUGGCUCACAACCAUCUGUAAUGAGAUCUGAUGCCCUCUUCUGGCGCGUCUGAAGACAGCUAGAGUGUACUCAACGUAUAUAAAACAAAUAAAUCUUCAAAAAAAGAAAAA